AUGCACUUGCCGUCUCCACCGUCGUUGAAAACGACCAUUAUCCAGCUUAACAAGGAUAUCGAUCCGGAGGAUAAUAAUUAUGAGAUCCUUAAUAAUGUGUAUAACCCAGCGUCUUCUGGGUCGUCCCCUUCGUUGAACGCUAUUCCAGCAGAACAACCAAAAAAGAAGAGAAGAAGAUCGAGUUCUUUUGUGGACGACGACGAAUUGGCCAGGAGGAAGAACGAGACAAAACAGCUCCACUCUAUAAUCGAGAAGCGCAGGCGAAUCAAGAUUAACAGGGAGUUUGAGGCCCUCAAGUAUAUUAUUCCAGCUUGUCGUAAUACCGAAGGCGGUACCAAGAAGGGUGCUUCGUCUAACAACAGCUCCAAGAUCGAUGGCAUGUACAAGCUCACUAUCCUUAAGUCUUCAGUGGAGUAUAUCUUGUACUUGCACCAUAUUAUCCAGAAACAACAUGAGCUUUUAGAGCUGACUCCGAUAGAUUAUACCUAUGACACGAGCUACACGCAAGUGCCAAUUGAUGUUAACCAGUAUAGAAACAUCGAUAAGGAAUUCCACUUUUCAGAUCUUGCUGCUUCGGCUCCCAAGCCACUGGGCUCUGUCUGUGGUUCGAUCAAGGAAGACGAUGAACCUCAGCAGCAACGUCCCUCGCUAGAUGUGCUUCAGAAUACGAAAGGCUCCUUGAAACGCGUCGACCUGAUGUACAUGUCUAGGGACUCCUCCUCUGACGGCGAACAACUCCCGAGUCCUGACUCGACCCCAGACAUAACACCAAUCCUUUCGCUUCUAAGUAAGUGCUCCAACGAUCAGAAGAGUGCUCUUCUGCAGCAGCACCUUCAGAUGCAGAAAGCUUUUGGAAGGUACCAGCUGGCAGACCAGUUUGAACUGGCUAACAAGACCUUUCUGUAUCUGAACUCACCACCAAAAUCAGGUUCAGUGUCCUCCGCAACUUCUCCAUUCACGAUACCAAUCAAACUGAAUGCAAAGAGAGGUUCUUUUGUCCUUCCUGAUCCUGCUAUCCCCACAAGUGUUCCAGUCACGACCAACGAAGAGUACCUCGAAACCACUACCAACGGUGCAGCUUCGUUUCCCAAGAGGAUGUACUUCAAGUCUCGUGUACCGGCCAACAACAUGACAGCCCAUAUAGGACCAGAGGAUGAGGUGAGCGAGGACCAGAAUAGCGAAGACGGAAAGCUUGAAGAUGCUUCGAAGACGUUACUCUCGCUUCGUAAACCAAGCAUAGAGAAGCUCCUCAAUUAG